AUGCCGUUCCAAUACCAACCACUCCAGGGCGAAGACAUACGUCUUCUCGCAAUUGAGCCGGUAGAAGGGGGCAACUCCUCGGCUCCUAUUCAUUGCAGAAUCGAGCAUGUCGACUUGUCUGCCCAAGCCUCAAGCCAGCCGUUCAAGGGUCAGAACAACGUCUGGCCCGAGGCUAAUUCAACCCGCGAUGUUACCGCCAUAUUCAAGGACGCAGAGGACGCCAUCGCCCUGAAUCAAGCUGGCAAUGACGGCACUCUUCCGGGAGAUCCACCGCCAGAAUGGAACUCCAAUGACAACAACCUACCGUGGAGGCAUGCUUGGGGAGAUUUUCUAGCCCUCUCGUACGUCUGGGGCCCUCCGACUCCGGUUCACCACAUCGUCCUGGAAGGCCAUCAGUUCCCCGUUGGACCGAAUCUGUACCAGGCUCUAUUGCAUCUUCGUCAAGCGCAAAGAGUCCGCCAAGGCUUCAAGCUAUGGAUCGACGCCAUUUGCAUCAAUCAGGAGGACAUUGCAGAGCGAAGCGCCCAGGUCGGCCGCAUGAGAGACAUAUACGCCGCCGCCUGGCAGGUCGUCGUUUGGCUCGGGCCGGAAGCUGACGACAGCGAGCUCGCAAUGUCCGCGCUGAGCUGGAUAGCCGCCAGGAAUAGGACACCCAGCCCUUACGACGGAUUCUAUCGGGAGAGCACAAAGAUUGAUGCACGACCGCUGUUCAUCAUCUGGGGUACCUUCAAGAGCCCGUUGAAGAAGGCAGUGUACAAGGCUUUGUUCUCCCUCCUUUCGAGGCCUUACUGGCAGCGGAUGUGGAUUCUGCAAGAGGUGGCUAUGGCCCGUCCUGACGCUCCGGUUGUCUGUGGGAAGAGCUGCCUGCCAUGGCGAGACAUUCAUGAAGCUGCCUUGUUCAUCAGCAAUGACGAGACAAGGUUCGGCAGAGAACUAGUAGGAAGCACUCGGCCACGCAUAUUGGAAUCUUGGUCUUUCGAGUUUGCCAGAGACAGAGUUGUCCAGGAGAGGGACUGGUCUUCAGAGAGGAUGUGGAAUCUUCUGACAGAUAUGACCAAGGUUCAGCAGAACCAGAAGGAAUCAACCGCAGAGGUAGACACGAGGCAUCCCUUUGAAGUGCUUCAACCACUCGUGCUCGCCAGAGACGCGAAGAUCACAGAAGAGAAGGACAGAGUAUACGGCAUCCUGGGUAUCAGAGCCAUUGCGGAUAGGGUUCACAUCGUUCCUGACUACAAGCUGCCUAUGGAGGUCCUCCCAAUUCCUUGGUAG